AUGAAUCCUUCACCUAAUAACGGCCAUCAGAGGUGGGGUAUUUAAGACUAGGGUACAUGUUCCUUUAUGCGUCGAGUUUCAUUGCGUCAUGUGACAAAGGCGUCGGACAUGGGUCCUAAAUGAGUUGUUCAAUGAAAAAGAAAUACGGAAAAGAUCCAGAGGGGGUUUUAUCUGGAUAGGGUGGGAACAAAGACGGGUGCGUCCAGACUAUGUGAUCACUGUGUGGUUCAGGCGGGGAAGAGGCGGGGGAAACAGCCUAACCCGCUACCUGAACGGAACGCCCCCUCGGUCCAUGACCACAGCUGGCGAUUUCAUCGAUUUUAAAUACGGCAUCGCGGUGGAGGAGUUGCCGGUACGGAAGCAGAGGGAUGAGAAGCUAUCGCCCAGUGAAGUGGCAGGCAGAUUGAUGACCUGAGCGCUGUGCUGGGGGACGUUAUUAUUCAGUAAAACUGUUCACAGCCGUAGCCUUAUAUUGCGUUUGUACCCUGGGACUAUAGUAACACUUUCCUUGAGGUCUAUUUCCUCGCUUUGGUUUAUUGUUAUUUAGGUUUUAUUACUAUUUGGUAUUUUAAUUUUGCAUCAGGAUCUGGUUAUAAGGGCGUGCUUUCGGUCAGCUGCGCGUCUGUAGCGUGGGGCGGAGGUGCAGGCUCUUCGCGUCGGUUGGACCUGCUAUUCUCCAGAUUUCAUCAAGCAGGGGUUGGCGUUAGUACUCAUUCACCCCAGCUGGUUGACACUGUUUUACUCAUAGUAAAAUGUGCGAUAUAACGUGUCUGAUUUUCCAAAUAAGCUGUGAAUGAUAACAACAGCACAAGACACUCCGUCGCUGGUUGGAAAGACAAUAAGGAAAAUCGUUUUAAAUGAAGAGGAUGCGUCGUGAAAUUGGGACAUAUUUUUCAAACCUCUGAAGACGGCCCGGAGUAAUUUUCUUGCACAUAUGAAAGGAUAGGCAGCCGAUUUGUUUAUCUUUAUCUUAACCUACGUUUGCAGACUUUGUCUUUUUUCCGCUGUGCUGAUUUGCUAAGGCUUACAAUAACCAAAAAAGAAUAACGUUUAAAUGUCUAUCUUCGCCUAGCUGCUUCGUCUUCAUAAAAGCACAUUUAGCGGACUGAUAGAAGUUAUUUAAAAGGCAUCAGAUCGGCAGCUGCUUUUGGGGCGAAGCCAAAAGGAAACCUGCACGAGCAGCGUUCCCCUGCAUGCUGCCUGCUGGGAGGGAUCCCACUGUUUCCUCCGGACACAGCAAAGCCAUGAGCCGUAGGAAAUGGGGACUUUAAUCUUAGCUUCAGCCCUAUCCCCCAGGAUCUCGUGGCAUCCUCUUGGCUUUUGUGCGCUUAUGCUCGCAUGGAUGAUGAUGCUGGCACCCAGGGCCGCAGUGGGCUCACCUGUCACAGAUGGAUCUCUAUUGGAUUCUAACAUGCUAAUGGGCAUGCAGAAUGGACCAUCAAGAAGAACAGAAUUGCACCCUGCCUUUCCUUCAUCAUUGUCAUCAUCAUCAUCCUUAUCUUCUUCAUCGUCUGAAGCCUCAGGACCAACAGGUCUUCCACUGGGAAAAGCAAUGGCUCUUCUAAUUGGUCCACAACCCCAAGCUUCUGACCGGGGUCUACUGCCCUCCCAAAACUCUGGACCCCAAGACACCCCUUUAUCUACUCCUGCUCCCCUAGACCCACACUCUGUCCCCUUUUCUUCAGGUCACUUGUUGCCUCUGAGAUUAGUUACCCCAUUGGUCCAUUCAGGUGCUUCUAAUGGAGAACAAGCAAGCACCUUUACUAAGCACAGAGUUUCUAGAGCAGGUGAGACUUCCUCAAUGCCUAUAAAAAGGUUCUCUGGGCCCCCAACAGUAAAAGGCUUGGUUCCGCACAGCUUGCCUCAUAAUAAUGUUGCCCAAGGCAUUCCUCUGUUCUUAACCCCCCUAGAGAUAGUAACUCCAAGUCUCAUACCAUUCAAUAGACUUCAUGCCAGUUCAGCCCCUGGAGAGCAUACCUUAGUUUCACCUGAGCACUUCUACCCAUCUAACACUGUAGAGGCUGACUGGGGGUCAGGGGAUUACUUGGAGACUUUGACUCUCAUGGGGUCAGAGAAUGAAUUCCGCCUGGUUACCAGCCUGCCUUUUGGCAUGCAUGACAUUGAUGCACCUAGUGCUGAGGUUUAUGACACCUUGUUCCCUUCCCGGGUGGUGCUACCACUGUCUUCACUCCGCAUUUCUAGUUCGCAUACAGCCUCGGUGGCCUAUGGUGCCAGUUUACACACUGCAGAUCAAUUGUCAGUCCAACUUUCUCAUGGUUACCCAACACACAAACUGCCAAACACAUCCCUAAACAACGAGGUCAAACUAUCUCAUGACUUAGAUUGGACUGAUACGUACUCUAUUGAACCGACUGAGAUUCUGUUACCUGACAUGAACAGCCUGGAGUAUUACACGAAUCUUCUAGCAAGAGGGAAUGGCAGCUUGGCUGAACAGAGGAGGAAUCUGACAUUCUCGGUUCAUUACGUUUCCAUGGAGGCUAGUCUCAUUGCCCCUACCAGCUCUGUCGCUAUGGACAUGGACUACAAGUCAUCAUCCCCUGACACAAGCUUUUUUACAGAGGGGUCCUCCACAGAUGUGCUGGGGGCAGAAAUGCUCAGUUCUACAGACAGGUCAGAAAAUGGAGCAGUGAAUGGUCCAGAGCAUUUGCUGGAGCCUUCGGCUGUGCCGACCCCAUACUUGUCUCUCUCUACCCUUCUUAGGAAUAGUUUGGAAUCCAAUGCUGUACAGAUGAAUUCAAAUCUGCCGUCAUUGGAUUCUGCCACUGUCAGUUCCCAUAUAAGCACUGCCCAGCUCACUGUCAGACAGAAGCACAAUGAUUCCCCGAUUUCUCCCAGCUCAGCUGCAGUCUUCACCCCUACAACAGCUGGUACUGCACCAACGCCUAUGCUGACUGAUUUACCAAAAGUGACGGCACCUGCAACUGGACCGACUCCUAAUAUCAGGUCCAACCCCACUGCCAUGGCUGAUCAGAGCCUUGUUUCGGUGGGUAUCACAUCAGUGUCCACAGCAGUGAGUACUGAUGAGUGGCUGCCCACAGCCAAUAUGGCAACGGCAUCGACUACGUCCAUGAAAACAACCCCAAAUAAGCCCUAUACCCCCACCACCUUGCUGACUACUACUACUUCCCCAUUGGUUACAACCACCAGAGCAGUCAUCUCCACAACACCCCGACAGUACCUGUGCAACAUCUCCAAGGCGGACUCCUACCUGAUCAGAGUCGGUUUUCCUGUGGAGUCCACCACUGGGUAUGCCAAAUCACACCUUCGGGAGAUCUUGAAGAGAGAAUUCAACCGUUCUGUGGAGCUGCAGGUGCUGAAAGCCCCACCCAACUUCGUGUUCCGUGUUGUCUCGGGGUCUGUGCUGUACACGGCAGCGGCAGUCAUCAACGCCCUGCGGCAGUCACAGCAUGACUCCUCCGUUGCCCUCACCGCCUCGCUUGUUUACCCCAUGCCUAAUAACCAGUACCAGGUUCACUCGGUGUUGCAGUUCGUGCCCCCCCACGUGGACAUACGUGUCUGCAGCUUCACUGAGCAUGUCGAGAAGGGUCUCACCAUGGCCUACUCCGAGGUGCGGCGCCGCAUGCAUAACCCCACCAACUUCAUCAUACAGAUCAUCAACAUCACCAUGGGUGCCACCAAAACCCUGCGCCAGCAGAGGGCGCCAGUAGACAUCACCUUUGCUGUGCGUGACUUCGGUGGCUACCUGGAGGGGUCAUUGGUCAGCAGCCACCUGCGGCUCCUCACCAUGGUGGAGUUCAGCUUCUAUGUGGGCUUCCCAGUGCUGCAAAUUGCUGAACCAUUUCACUACCCGGAACUGAAUGUCAGCCAGGUGCUGCGAUCAUCCUGGGUUAAGACAGUGCUGCUGGGUGUGCUGGAUCAGCGGGUGGGCGAGCGCACUUUCCAGGCCCGGAUGGAGAGGAGGUUGGCUCUGCUGCUGGGAGAGGUGCUGGGGGCCUCGCGCCGUUGGAAGAGGGCCACUAGUGUGGGGAAUAACAGUGUGCAGAUUGUGAAGACUUCCAGGCUGAAGGGCUCAGACUACCCCCUGGAGAUGGUGUAUUUUGUGGAGGGUCCCACAGGGGAGAGGCUGCCAGCUGUGGUCACCUCUAGUCUAUUGAACCAGGUGGAUGUCCAGAGAGCCGCCAUUGUCCUGGGCUACCGGGUGCAGGGGACGCUGGCACAGACAGUGGAGGAGCUGUCUGUCCCACCCUCGGAGACACACACCAACAACGCGUGGAUCAUCGUGGGUGUGGUGGCUCCCGUGCUGCUGGCUGUGGUCAUCGUGGCCAUCCUCUACUGGAAGCUGUGCCGCUCCGACAAGCUGGAGUUCCAGCCUGACGCCAUGAGCACCAUCCAGCAGAGGCAGAAGAUGAAGGAACAGCUCCAGCCUCCAACUGUUAAAGGCUUUGACUUCGCCAAGCUACACUUGGGUCAGCACAACAAGGAUGACAUCAUGGUGAUUCAGGAACCCGCACCCCCACCCCUGCCUGUCAAGGAGAUGACUCCCUCAGAGAAUGGGGAUGUUCUUACCCCCAAGUCAAAGGCCUCCUCCACCAAGCAGACAGGGGCUACCCGCCACAAUUGCAGGAUCUCCCCAUCAGAUGCUGACUCCAUGGGGAGCAAUCCAUCCAGUGGGAGAGAGUCAGCCGAGGAGAACGCCCACAUCCAUGGCACUCCCAGUGAGGGGAAGCAGCUGCGGAAGCCUCCCAAAAAUGGACCCUCAGCAGGCAACGGGGACAAUGAUCAGCAAUCCUCAGCCUCCAUCUUUGAACACGUGGACCGUGCGUCUCGCCCUACAGAAUGCACCCGGCGGGUAGCCAACAAGAUUCAGCUGAUCGCCAUGCAGCCUUUGCCUGCACCAGCACCCAACAGCCCCCCUGUCAUUGAGAGGGUCCUGGAGAGCACUAGUAUCAAUAGGGAGAUUAGGGUAGCCCUGAGGCAGAAGUCUGAGAUCGAGCAUUACCGCAACAAGAUCCGCCUUCGGGCCAAGAGGAAGGGACACUACGACUUUCCCGCCAUGGAAGACCUCAUGGAUGGGUUUGAGCCGAAAGAUGUCUACCAGAAGGCACAGCUGCAGUUCGACAGGAUCCUGGACCCGGAUGUUCAUGUGCCUUCCGUUUACAUGGAGCCCAGGAAGAGCAAGGGGAGGCGGUCCCCCAAAGAGAGGAAGAGGUUCCCGGUGAACGGCAGCCUGGUGGAUACCGACAGUGACAGACUUAUCCCCAUAGACAACGACACCACCUACAGGAAGUUUCCAGGGGUUAACAACAUUGCCUUUGUGUCGGACCCCGACCAAGCACUUGAGCCCCGGAGCCCCUCCCCCAGCGAUGAUGUGUUUGCCACAGCCCCUCCCCCCUACGUACCUCCGCAGCCUUCCAUUGAGGAGGCCAGGCAGCAGAUGCACUCCCUGCUGGACGACGCCUUUGCGCUGGUGUCUCCCAGCUCAGAGGCCAGCCUGGUCAACGCCAGCCCCCCACCCCGGACCCCCCAUGGCCAGUGGGCGCCACCCCACCCUACAGCCCUGCCUUUGAGCCCCGUCUCUGCGAGAUAUACAGAAUCUGGAAUGUCACCCCCUACUGUCCAGGGUGUGAUGCAGAGGCAGGACCUGGGCUCCAGCUACCUACCCCCAAGUGACACUGUCCAUGAUGACCCGCUGCCUCCGCUGGCCCUGUACUCAGGCAGGGGUCUAUAUGCUGAAGAACUGCCCUCAUCUGCCAGACCCCGGCCUGUUGGAGGCACCACAGGUACCCAGCUUCACCACCUGACACAGGUAGGCCUGUCAAGCCAGAUCAGCGCGUACCCUGGGACGGACCAAACCUCCUCCAGCCAAACGGGAGUGUCCAGCUGGGGACCCUAUCAUCCAGAGGAUGACUAUCUAAGACCAGCCUUUUCCCAGAGCCAGGUUCCGGUCUUCCCAGAGUACACCUCCUCUUGGGUUCUCCAGAUGCCAAGAACCUCACUGAGGGAGCCCUCUGCACCACCAGUCCCCCUGGACCCCACUGGACCAGAAUAUCCAGCAGUGUCCCCCGAGGAGACUUCCCCAUCCACCCACUCCUCUGCUUCUCUAAUCAAGGCCAUCCGAGAAGAGCUGAUGCGGCUGUCGCAGAAACAGUCUGCAGUACCUGGUUACCACAACUGAAAUGAUCUCAUGGUCUUUCCCAGAAUCAGCCUGUAAUACCUGGCUACCACGGCUGAAACAACCCCAUGGUCUCCCCGAGAAUCAACCUGCAGUACCUGCCUAUCACAACUAAAAUUCCCCCAAGGUCUCCCUCAGAAUCAUUCUGCAGUACCCGGUUACCACAGCUGAAAUGACCCCAUGAUCUUUCCUAGAAAAUCUGCUCCUUCCAGUCACUUCAGUGGGUAGUUCCCAUGCUUUUUUCCCUGUACUGCCUUGUGAUAGGCUUAUAUCCAGUGCUGGUCAGUAUGCCAGUUACUCAAAAACACAUCAUGUCCAUUCUAGAAAUCAUAGCUUUAGCCACUUUUCAAAAUAUAUCGUUAUUAUCUGGCCCCAUACAUGUGAUCUAGCUUGACUUUGGACCACCCCCUAUUGGAAUACUGUGAACUGCUGAAUGGAAUGAUGGCACUGUUUGAGCCAGUUUUCACUUGAAUGAUGGUGAGAGAUGGUCACCAUAGAAUCUCCAUCACAGAUCUCUUAAUUUUGGUUUUUGGGCGAUAAACUUACACAACCUAUAUCUCUGUUCCAGGUUAAAGACAGAUUCUUUCACAACACCAUAAUUACACUGAAUAUCUUAACAGUAAAGAUUUCCGUUAAUGACGUGGCAGUGUUACUAUACACAGUUUCAGCGGAAGUUGCCCCUGUUCAAAGUGCUUUUAAGAACAGAAACAGCACCUCCAAUUUUUGGUGCUAAAUUUUUCAAUUUGUCUUUGUUUUUUAUUUUUCAUAAAUUUUCAUAAAUCCCUCAUUGCUUUCAAUUGUGAUCAAGUGAGUUAUGAUUAAGAUCGUGCAAGAAUAGACAGAAUGUGACAAAGGGACUUAUGACUGGUGUGACAUGGUGACUUGUGACUGAGGUUAUGAAGGACUCCGCUGGAUGUGGCCAAGGCAUGAGGUCCACGGAGCAUUAAACACUGUUGGGUGUGCAUAUCUUCCAUAAGGCCCGAUCCAGCGGUGUUCGGCCACAGUACUGUUCUGAGGUUGUCAUGGGAUAAUGGUUUAAAUGCUGCAUUUAACAGGUGCAACCUAUAGAUAUCUUAAGAAAUGUUACAAGUUUGUUCAUGUUAACAUGAAAUGUGUUGCAUUUAAAUUAAUUAGUACUCUUUCAGCAGCAAUUCAAAUUGCUAAUCCACUUAGUGGUAUCCACCAGUCAUUUGUUUACUUAGUUGUGCCAGUACCAACGCUCCCAGCAUACAAUCAGUUGCAGGGGGCUUUUUCCUUAAAGUAGCCCUUGUUCACAUUCGAGGGUUAAAUUGGGUCACAGGCUCUGAAAGCAGCCUGACCGUGUUUCAGUCUGUAGUUUCCCUUACUCUGAACUGUUUUUAAGACUCAAUAUUGCAUUCUUUUGCGGCUCGGGAAAGCUUUUGGUUGGAGGCUCACAUACGGCCUUUUAAUAUAUAAUUUUCAUUUCAUGGUGUGAAAUGGAUUUCCUUCCAGCAUAAACUAUGUAUUUUGACAUUGCGUCUGCCAGUACACUCACUGUGUGCAGUAUUCACCCAUCUGCUCCACUGUGUCUGUCUGUUACUGUUUAUUGUUUUUUAUUUGUUUGUUUAUAUGUGUGCUUGUCAAAAUAAACACAAGUAUACUACUUUA